GUUCUCUCCUAUGAAAUGGCAGACAAAUUACAUUCAUGCCUUCUCCGGGAUUCGAGCCCGGGACCUUCGGUACGGCAGUCAGAGUCACUAACCAUUUUCCUCUGUUGUGGGUGGGCCGUGACAGGGAGCAUCAUGCGCGUGGUGCGUCUACGUUUCGCCGCUCUGAUUAUGGUGGCGUUUGCUGUACUGUUCUGUUUCCACAUGCUGCUCUCAAUUUGGAGUCGCUCCCUCACCGUGGAGGAGAUACAGAGGACAGACGAGGCAGUAGAACAGGCAUGUCGUCAUCCGGAUCUCGAGUAUCUUAACCCUAUAAUUCUCAAGCAUAUUCACGACGUGGGUAAGCUGGAAUGUAAAAGAGAAAUGGAUUGGGUCGAAAUACAUAAAGGAGUCAUCAAGCUAAACAAAGACAUCAUCAAGCGCCAUGGAUUUAUUCAUUGCAAAAUAACUUAUUUUAUACGAGUGGAUGAUUUUUCAUCAGUAAAUGGAAAAACCAUUUCUUUAACUUCAGACGUUAAAGAGAUUCCACUAGAAGGUGACUUUUUUCAUGUAAAAUGUGAUUCUGAAGAUAAACUGAAAUGGAAGAACAUUAUGGCUGGAGUUCGCAGAAACGAAACCGUUGUCAAGAGAGCCAAAGCAUUGAAACCUCCCGUAAAUUCAAUGAAGCUGAACGUGCUUAUGUUUGGGUUGGACUCCAUGUCUAGAUUGCAUUACAUGCGAAAAUUACCCCAGACAUACAGAUACUUGACGGAAGUAUUAAAUGCUGUAGUAUUAAAAGGUUACAACAUUGUUGGAGAUGGCACACCCCAGGCGCUAAUACCCAUUCUAACUGGAUAUACAGAACAAGAAUUGCCAGAGACGAGAAAAAGAAUGAGCAAUGCUAAUUUCGUAAACAUCUAUCCUUUCGCAUGGAAAAAUUUUACCGAAAAUGGCUACGUUACUGCCUUUGCUGAAGAUUGUCCAUACACUGGAAUAUUUACUUAUCGCUUGAAAGGUUUCGGAGAUCUACCAACAGAUCAUUACAUGAGGCCAUUUUACAUUGAAGUUGAUAAAGUUCUCAGGGAUCAUCCAAAAUUAUGUUUAGGCAAUAAACCCCGUCAUGGGGUAAUGUUAGAUUGGUUGCGACACUUUUAUGAUGCUUACCACGACGUACCGAAAUUUGCUUUUGGUUUCCAUGGCGAAUUAAGCCACGAUGAUUACAACAUAGUGGGAUAUGCAGAUUCUGAUGUCGAAAAAUUCCUUAAAGGCUUGCAUGAAAGUGGCAUACUGAAUAAUACUUUGCUCAUCUUGAUGAGCGACCACGGUCACAGAUUUGCCUCCAUUCGAGAAACUCAGCAAGGUAAACAAGAAGAAAGACUCCCUUUCUUCGCGGUGGUCGUUCCUCAAUGGCUGCAAGCUAAAUAUCCAGUUCUGGUGAGAAAUUUAAGAUUAAACCAGGAUAGACUGACAACGCCUUUUGAUAUUUAUUCUACUUUAAUGACAUUACUCGACCCGGAUGUGCCAAAAGAGGGAGAUCUCUCGAGUCGCAGUAUUAGUUUGUUCUCUGAAAUUCCUCAAGAGAGAACAUGCACAAUGGCUUCUGUUGAACCUCACUGGUGUGCUUGUUUAUCUUGGGCUAAGGUUCCAAUAGAAGAUCCAAUAGCUACAGAAGUCGGUCGAGCUGUGAUAGAUUUUGUAAAUAAACUCACAGAAUUCCAAAGAAGUGAAUGUGAAGAACUAACACUACACGAAGUGAUGCGCAUUGAAAAGCUUCAGCCCAAUAAAGCUCUUCGAAAAAAUGCAGACAAAGAUGGAUUCGUAGGCGAAUUCACCGACAACACUCAAUUAACAGAAAUACUUUAUCAAGUACAGCUUCGAGCUUCCCCUAGUGAUGCAGUUUUUGAAGCAUCAGUCAAACAUAGUACAAUAAAAAAGACAUUUCUAGUCAAAGAAAAUGAACUUAGUCGUGUAAAUAUGUAUGCUAAUCAAGAACAUUGUAUUCAUGAUAAAUAUCCAUCGUUAAGGAAGUACUGUUACUGUAAAAAGCAGUUAUGAGCAAUUUGAUGAUAAUGACUAUGUUCAGAGGAAAGCCAAAUGAAAUUCGUUUCAGGCGAGUGGAGUUCCAAAAAACAACCCUUCAAUUUUUACUCAGUUCAAGAUAACUUCUUACCACAAUUAUGAUGCAACAAUUUGGGAAUUAUUUUAUCAAAAACUACAUAAGUUCAUAGCUAUUUAAGGAAUUUUCUCAAAUGUUAACUUAUUUUCGUAAUUUUUGUCAUAAUCAAAAAAUAUGAUGUGACCUUCAAUAAGCCAUAACAACUUGCCUUGGUUAUUUACACUGCUUGACUAUUGCUAAAGAAAACAGUGAUUUUUCUUCAUAAUUAACGAUAGAUGUCGUUUAAACAAUAAUACCUGCCACAUAUCAAAUAGAGGUCCUCAAGUAUCGUUAUUAUGCAAAAUGGUGUAGAUACCGCCACGUGGCAAAACAAGAUAAGCAAAAGAAAAAAAGAUGCUUCUUCCAGCUAUUUUCAGUAUUAAAAAAUGGCUUCUUCCGCUCCACAUAAAAUUGGGUCCGUCAGAUUGGAGCAUGACCUCCUCGGAUAUUGUUGUAUAUGUUGCCGGCAAAGUUUCAAAUCCGGCAUUGUAUAGAAUGCCAAGACAUUGUAUAUAAUGCCUAAAACUAGCCGGCAAUGUAUGAAACGAUUCAUAUCUCAUAUUAUAGUUCGACCGCCUCAUCCGCGACCAUGAGCGCAAACACGCAUGCGCCAUUCGGACCGAAUUAUUGGCAAAAUAGGGUGGAAGGAUGAAAAACUUUCUUUCGUUCCAGCAUAGCUCUUUCCGGAGAAGUGAAGACCUUUCACGUCGCAGUAUGUAAUACCGCCUCUUUUGGGCGAGGUCUAUGUGUUUUGGCAGAAUGCCAACCAGGGUUGCGCUUGAGACGGUCGAACUAUACCUAGGCAUUCUAUGGAAUGCCAAAUGACAAACCGGCAAAGUAUGAAAUGCAUUUCCAAUUCGUUUCGAAGAACCACACUACUUACCAGAAGUUAAUAAAUGAUGUAAAAAAGCCAAAAUGACUUGUAAGAUGGAAUGGGACUACUGACUGCUGAUCGCUAGGAUGAGAUGUUUGUGAAAAACAAAAGUACAUCCAUUUAUUCUGUUAACGAAAAGCGUCAGUACUAUACAGUAUUACAUCACGGACGCUGAAUUAUUUCCCGUACUUCAUGACAACUCAUUUGAGUUCUGGACACGAACGACGUAACAGAAUGUUGCAAGAACUUUCAACCAAAUACAAAAACGUUACACGUAAUGAUAUUGAACUGUACAGCCACCUUUGUGAGCCCUGCCUGAAAAAACAAAAAGGUAUUAAGAAGGCAUUAUUGUAAAACUUAUGAUUGUUUCUGGAUUUAAUUUCCGUUGUUAUGUAGAUCUUACCGAUUCCCAGUCUCGGCCAGAUAGAAAAUACAGAUUUAUAAUGUUGUAUCAA